UUUUCAUCCGCCCUCCGGCCCGGCCGGGGCCGCUGCAGGGCCGGGCUGGCAGGGCGGCUCCGGUGUCGGUGUCGGAGCGCUGGGGUGAGAAAAUAAUUACAAAUGAAAGAGAGAUUAGCAGGGGCUGUUGCGACAAAUGCUGCCGAAAUGGUUUCUGGAGCGCCGGCGGAACCUUCUGACGGGAGGGAUCGGAGCAGCUGCCGUCCCGUGGGUCUCGGUGUUUGCAGAAGAGUUCAAACCCAUCUAAAAAAUGGCUCACAGCUGCUGAAAGAUGGCUCUUGCCUGGUGCUGGGAAUCCUCAGGGUUCAUCUGCCAGAGAAGGUUGUCAGGAUGGCGAAUUUCAAGGGUCACGCACUUCCAGGCAGCUUCUUCUUGCUCUUUGGGCUCUGGUGGUCUGUGAAAUACCCUCUGCAGUACCUCAGCCAGAAAGCGAAUAAGAAAUCCCACAGGAGUUACAGUUUCCAGCGUGUGGAUGCCAUGGAAGGGGGAAUGAAAAUUGUCUUUGCUCUCAUAGGGAUGCUGGCGGAGCAGUUUGUGCCAGACGGGCCACACCUGUACCUGUACAGCGGGGCCAGCCGGGACUGGGUGAAGCUGAUGAACUGGCAGCACACCACCAUGUACCUGUUCUACGGCCUCUCCGGGCUGGUGGAUGUCCUCACCUACAUCUCCCAGGUGGUGCCGCGGGGCCUGGAUCGCCUCAUGUUGUCCACGGCCGUGUUUGUCGAAGGUUUUCUCUUCUACUACCACGUCCUCCACCGGCCCAUGUUGGAUCAGCACAUCCACUCCCUGCUGCUCAUCGCCAUCUUUGCUGGGGCUGGCAGCAUCCUGCUGGAGGUUUUCCUCAGGGACAACAUUGUCCUGGAGAUGUUUAGAGCUGGCGUCACCAUCAUCCAGGGAACGUGGUUCUGGCAGAUCGGAGUCGUGCUCUUCCAGCCAUGGGGGGGUCCAAUGUGGGAUGAGGAGGACCAUGACAACAUCAUGUUCCUCACCAUGUGCUUCUUCUGGCACUGGGCAGCCGCUGUGGCCAUCCUGACUAUAAACUACACCCUCACUUACUGGUGCCUCCAGAGGUUCAGGAGAAGCAGUGGAGAGCCCUACAUCAGCCUGGGGGUCCGGCAGCAGAAGGAUGACCCCAACUCCCAGGCCACCUUCCUGAGCGGCUCUGAUGAAGAGUGAAGAGGCUGCAAACUUCUCCAAAUACACAAACAAUCUGUUUUCUGGAAGAAAAAAAUCCUAAUGAAAUAUUUCUGUUUUGGAGGAGUGAGAGGAGCCACUGUUGUGCUGUGGGGCAGCAGGUUGAGCCCGUGAGGGCAGGAGCAAGCACCAUUUUAAGUGAUUUUCAACAACAAAAUGAAGCAUGAAAAUUCAACAUGACAAGAUUGCUUCAUCCCAUGGGUUGCCAGGUGUGUUUCCAUAGGGAUGGAGGGCAUCCUUUGGCCAUAUGACUUUUCCAAGAGUCUGGAGACUUUGAUCUGCUGUGAUUGAAGUCAAGGAAACCUCCAGGCUGAGGUCAGGUACCUCUGGAGCAAGGCACCACCCCGAAGAGGAUGAGAAAAAGAGUGUGGAAUGUGAGGUUAUGGCAAUUUUUGCACCAGCAGGGCUUGAUUGUACACAAUACGAAUGUUAUCACUGCAGCUUUGAACUAAAGAGGGGUUUUGUUAAUCGUUUUCAUGUUCACUUAAAGGCUGAGAGAGUGAAUAAAUGGGAAAUAAAAAUCCUCACUGAGCUGAUAUCCUUAAAUUUAAGACUGAUAAAUUAUAGACUGUGUAAUAAUAGCUUAGACAAAUCCAUCCCUCAGACCUGCAAAGCCUGGAGGACUGUAACAUACACGGUUAAGCAGCAGGGAGUCAUGAAACGUCCCAGUUUUCCAUUGAAAAUAAACCCCCUCAGCUUGGAAAGGAGAUGAAACAGGCACAGGGUUUGUUUUUAGGCUACCUUUGCCAGCUAAUUUCUUGCAAAAAGUGACUGGAAAUGUCACCUCCUAUUCAGGAGGAAAAUAUGCCAGUAGCGAGUAUGAGGAUUAAAAACAGUAAAUAUAAUAAAUAUAUACAUAUAUAUAUUUAUGUUUAUAGCAUGAGGUGAAUUGCAACCGUUCAUGUCUCAAUGUCUGGGGCAGGAAGGAUGCUCUGCACUGAGGUUUUCUCCCUGCUGUGAAAUGAGGGGGAUGGAUGGCAGCUGAUUUUUGUACUCGUGUUCAUGACUGAACAGAAAAGCAGCUCCUGGCAAGUCCAAGGGAAGGCAUCUUUUAACCUCCAUCCCCCAUGUGCAAAGAGCCUGUUGCAGACACCAGAGCUACAGCCUGGAUAUUAAUGCUGCUAACAGUGCUAUAAAGACUAACCAACUUUCCUUGAAUGCCAACUUUCCUGUAUUCCCACUGCUGAGCCAGUUUAUUGUGCAGGGCUGGAUACUGGAAGGUGCAGACUCGGAGGGGGAGAGUGAAGCAGCAGAGCUGCAUCUCCCUAAAUCCAUCUGAUAAACACCACAAUAAAAUCUCAGUUGUAACUGCUGAACACAAGGAGCAUUUUGCAGAUGUUUCUUUUUCUGCCAAAGCCGAUUAGCUUUUCUAAAUCUCAAGAAUUCCUCUUGCUGCUGCAAUGAGACCCAACCCAUUUUGCAGGUGCCACCUCCUAUUGGCAGGUGGAAGGUGACAAACCAAGUCACUGCAGUGCUGCAGGACAGAGAUCAGUUCAUUGACCAGCAAAAAGGCCCCUGAGUUAUUUCUGCUCUCCUCCAAAUUAUUUUCUUUCAGGAACCAGCCCAAGCAUCACUAUUCCCAGUAAAUAGCCAGAGGAGGGCAGUAGCAGGUGGCACCAGGAGCAUACUCCAGGCUGGUUGCAGUCACCUUGCAGCCACCCCACG